AUUGUCAAACUUUUCCCUGAUGAUGCAUUUAGUUUGAACUGUGCCAGUCGAAAAUUUUUUUUAAUAAUGAUUUGAAGAAUAUGGACAGAAUUCCAUUCAGAAAAUAUUUUCAGUAAUCAUUUUUAUCAUGUGAAAUAUGAAUGUGCAAUAUGAAGUAAUGUUUAGAGUAACUGUUAGUAUGCCAAGUAAACAUUUUCUAUGCUUCCUAAACAAAACAAAGGAACAGUGAAUACAUUCAAGGUUGUUCUUUUGGAAGCAUUAUACGUUCUUGAUUGUACUGAAGAUAUCGUAAACCCAAUUGUGGGGUGAAGUGGUGGAUGAAUUUCGUUCGUUUAAUGUCCAUUCCUGGUGAUUUUGGGGCAUAUCACUAAUGGCUCAAUCAUUCAGUUGGUACCACCACAACCACCUUGGAACGACGAAACCGGACGACCAAUUGAAAACGAAGUCCGUACCGCUGUGUUCCGUCAAUGACGUUCAGUUGCGUUUUUUGUGUCCUGAUGAUUUGGAGGAAGUGCGAACGCUAUGCCAGGAUUGGUUUCCUAUCGAUUACCCGCUAUCCUGGUAUGAGGAUAUCACGUCUAGCACCCGUUUCUUCGCGCUCGCCGCGGUUUAUAACUACACGAUCAUUGGUUUGAUUGUGUCGGAGAUUAAACCCUUCUCUAAACUUAACAAAGAGGACCGAGGUAUUCUCUCAGAAUCGAUGGGUAGAGAGGCUGAAAUAGGUUACAUUCUGUCUCUUGGUGUUCACCGAAAAUACCAUGCCGUUAUCACUACCGACAGUGGUAUUUUAUUUUUCGACCAAAAUUGGACUCAGAUUUCAUCGGGAGGCCACCAGUUCCAGCACAUUUCAGCCUUCGCCUACGAUGAGGUGAAAGGCAAACUUUACUUCAGUGACUUGAAGGAUUCGAAGUUCCGCUUGUUCUCACUGGAUACCAACCCUCAGGAGGAAUAUCAUAAAAUCACCAAAUUACUGCCAAAGCUAGAUGAAACAGCCUACAUCACCGGGUUGGCAUUUGAUCAUCUCGAAAGAAAACUCUAUUGGACGGAACGGGGAACACAUUCUGUUUAUGCAGCAGAGGUUGAUAGUUUGGAAAGGAAUGCUAACGACAGUCAAGCUCAGAUCAAGUUGAUCGCUCGGGUCGAAGAAGAUCACGACUUGGCAGCUCUGACCAUUGACGAAUGUCGCCGGCAUCUGUACUGGACGAACAGUUUCCUAAGAACCUCUAGCAUUGUGCAAGCGGCAAUGAACGGUUCGGUUCUGAAAUCAUACAUCAAAGAUGUUUACCAGCCAAAAGGCAUCACCAUUGAUCACUACCAAAAUCGUAUCUAUUGGGUGGAGAAGAAGUACGGUCGAGCAUUUACCAUCGAAAGUGCUGAUCUAGAUAUAGAAAACCGAUCAACAUUCCUCAGUGGCUACGAUAAAGUUCCGACACAUGUAUCAGUCGAUAAUCGUUUCUUGUACUGGAUCGAUCAGGAAGAUGAUGAAGUACACGAGGCAUCGAAAACAGAUUCGACUGUUAAUCGAGUAAUUUAUAAAGGAAACAGUCCAUCAGCAGUGAUCAUAAGGUCUAGUUUACUGUUAGAAUUCCACAAAAAUAAUCCACGAUGCAUGGAUGUAGUUUCUCAAAUCAUGGAUAAUGUAAGACGUGAAUCAGCAGGUGAGGAUCUGGAGACUCACAACACAACGGAGAUCAAGACGGAAAGAAUAGUUUGUUUGAAUAAUGGAAUUCCUAAUCACAAUACGAAUAGUUGCAUCUGUUUAUCGGAAUAUCAGGGUACCUUCUGUGAAAUUCCGAUCUGUAACAAUUUCUGCGUUCACGGUGAAUGCAUCGUGGGUGUGGACAGCAGACCUGUUUGUAAGUGCAAUGUGGAAUUCGAGGGAAAACGGUGUGAUCGCAAUAAAUGUGACGGAUACUGCCUAAAUAGUGGCCGUUGUUCGCUUAGUGCUUCCGGUGAGACAUCUUGUACUUGUUCGAAAAACUUCAGCGGUGCUCGGUGCGAAACGGCGAUUUGUACUUCAGACUAUUGCUACAAUGGUGAAUGCUACGUGGAAGGAGAAGUACCGAAAUGUAAAUGCAACGUCGGCUAUCGGGGGGAACGGUGUGAAGAGUAUACGUGCAAUAACUACUGCCUCAAUGACGGAAAUUGUGUACUUAACAAUGAAACUAUGCUAGUAGAAUGUCGCUGCAGCGUAGAAUACACGGGAAAACGAUGCGAAAUUCCAAAACGGUUCUGUUCACUCGAUAAUGGUGAUCCGGAAUUACAGCCUUACUGUGAAGGCAUCACAAAUGCUCCACAACUUGCGGAGCCCCAAGUUACUUAUUGUAAAAAUUCGUUCAACCGAACCGUAGUCUACACAUCGUUGGCCUUCACAGCGUCGCUGUUUAUAUUGAUGAUAAUCCUUUGGCUUGUUCGCCGGUUUUACGAAGAAGGCCGGCCGCGUAUUACCAAACGAUUCAAAGUGACUAAUCAUACGCAAAUGACAUCGAGACCCGCAACGCAGUGUGAGAUUACGAUUGAAAAUUGCUGCAAUAUGAACGUGUGCGAAACGCCCUGUUUCGAUACGAAUCUUCUGCAGAAGGCAUCAUCGAAAGCAGAUGAUAAGCAGUACCUGUUGGACGACAUCGAGAACAUUGCCGGUUCCUAUCGCAAGCUACCCAGCUGCAGUAAUGAAAAGGGUCUACCCUAAUCACUUGAAACUAAGACUGCUAGCGGGGAUAGUAUCCUCGAUUGGUGGCUUGUAUUCCUCUCUAAAGCGGCAGCUGUAAAAGUGCGAUUAAAAAAGCGGAUUUGCUUAGCGAUGAUGAAAAUCGUUGCCCCCUAACUGAAAUCUCUCCAGACUUAGCAAUAUACAAAUAGGUAGUUGUGAACUAAUUUAUGUGAUUAGUUAAUAGAAAAAAGGAAAGCUAAGGGCUGCAGGAAGGUUGCAUUAGAAGAAUGAUUGGGCUAAGUAGUAUAUAUUGCUUGUCGGUUUUAUUUUUUUUUCAUUUGUGGCAUGCGCACGUAAAUUUGGUGCUUAUGUGUUAUUUUAUUCGCCCAUAUACUCCGUCGAAUUCACCAGUUUAAAAUGUGUAAUUUGCAAUACGAUUAGUGAUACCCGUAUUUUAAAAUGGGUUCUGUCGUAAACUUACAAUUUGCUCGUUUUUUUAUAUUUUUGUGCUCUAACUAAACUAAAAUGGUAAAGAACUACGUCGUCCAACAAAUCCAAAUCAUAUUUUUAAUUUCAAUAAAUAAUUCUUUAUUAUUUUAAAACUAUGAAGCAUUGAUUUUUUAACAUAUAGGAAAUGCUAACUUCAAUUAUGUAAAAAAGCGGUAUUCAACAACAUGAACGGAAUUAAAACCCUACGGCGCGACAUCUGGACUCUAAAUUUUCGGCUUUAAAACAAUUCAUCAAUCGUUGUAUUCAAAAUAAUAUCAGUCACUAGUUGAAAGAAUGUACCUGAAAAUAUAGAGUUGUAGAACUUUCUUACACCACUUAUCACUUAGGUCAUGCCAGACAGUUUUUGAUGUCGCAUACCUUCGUAAUUACCGUUUCUUUUUUCUUUGAAUGCGUCUUCCAAUGUGAAUAAAACAAAACGCCUCUAAAAAUUUUUUUUUCGAGCUAUUAGUGGAAUGAACUAAGUCGCUUUAAAAUAAAGUUAAUUCCGUUUAAAACCAAAACAUAUUUUAUAGUGGAAUUAAACGGAGUUAAUUAUAUUUGAAAUACUUCUUAAAAGUUAUUAUUGGAUACUAGUUUAAUUGUUGAUUAUUUUAACAAUCAAUCAUCAAUUUUCGCAAGUACUUAAAAGUUUUAUGCGCGUGUUCUUAUUAAUCAGUUUCAUAUUGUUAUCUAAUUUAUCAAAAAUUGUUAAUAUACAGGCUUGCUACUACAUCUACAUAGAAUAAUUUUUUUUUAACUGGUUUGAACCGAAUUCGACAGUGUAAUGAGCCAAUCAGAUCACCACAUUAGGAUAUUCUACAUUUAUUUAACAAAAAUCAUAAAGCUACCAGUGGAGUACUAGCAUGUUUCAAAAUGAGUAACAAUUGUUAGUGUAUCGAUAACAUUUUUGCGAACGAACAAGGGUUAAAAUUUAAGAAAACAAAAGCCAACAAUACCAUAGAAACCAAAUAAAAAAACAGCACAUGAAUUGUAUUCAGAAUGAUCGGAAAACCUCCAAGUUACCGUCACAUGACUGACAAAUGCUCAACAGCCAUCAAGUUCAUCGAAUAGCCAAACCGUUAGUUUUAAUCCCGCUACUGAAAAUUGCACUUUGCUGCGCUAUGCCACGCACAACUUGUUUAGUUUCAGUUUACCUGACAGUUCCUUUAGUUGGUUAAUGGCUUGUUAAACGUUAUUAGCUUAGUACAAUCAAAGAAGCAUUGUGUUGCUUGACAGUAAUAAGUAGAAUCAAAAAUAUCAAAUUGAUAUUAUCCUAAGGAGGAAACGUGGUAUUUAUGAAAAAUGCCAUUUUUGCGUUUACUAUUCUCCUUCCUUGUACAAUAUACUCCAUAGCUAGUGAUCAAAUGCUAUUCAACGCAGAAAUAGUUUGCUGGUUUCUGUAAACGCCAUAUAAUUAAAAAAAAACGGUCAUAAUUGCAAGCAGCACGCACAUUCAUAAGCUUUUAGUUUAGCAGUCAAAUCUACUUUUGCUUACCACUGCUAUGCAUCGUUAUCGUAACAAAUCAUUUAUCUACGUUGGAGCCUUGGCUUAGAGAAUAAAAACAACGGAAGUAAUAAAUGGAGGUACUAAUGCAACAAAUUCAAAGUUAGGUGCCGAUAAUGUACUUUGGAAAUUUUACACAAAACAAAGGAAUUUGUUAAGACUUUAUAUAAAAUAUCCACAUAAGAAAUGUGAUAUUUAUAUAAAUUUUAAAUAGGAAGAUUCAUCGAAUGAAUUCAGUUGUUAGUGAGAUGUAAAUAACUAAAAAGACGAAAUUAUAUUUUAUCCGGUAUGUACGGUGUACAUGA